AUGGGCGACGGGUCUGACUAUCCUAGCCCACGAAGUGAAGGUCCUAACGGUGCUCUCGCUGCCUCAAUCCUUGCCUCUGCAUCUGAAUCCUCGCUACCAAUUGCCAAAAUGAACGACCCUCAGCCGAUGAGCUACAUUGACGGUGCGCGCCCGCGCCUUUCUGUCCGACGCGCCCGCGAUCCUCCCAAGAACUCUGAAGGUCAAAUCUUUUGUGAUCACCCUGAGUGUCAAUCUGCACCACCUACUUUCCGCCGUCCAUGCGAAUGGAACAAACACAUGGAUAAACAUGAUCGUCCCUACAAGUGUUAUGAACCAAACUGUGACAAGAUCCAAGGUUUCACUUAUUCUGGUGGUCUCCUCCGUCACCAGCGCGAAGUUCACAAGAAAAACACCGAUACUAAGAAGGCUUUGAUGUGCCCUUACACUGAUUGCAACCGCAGCACUGGCAAUGGUUUCACGCGCCAGGAAAAUCUGCGAGAGCAUCUUCGCCGCCGCCACAUGCACAAUGACGAAGCUCCUCCUAUGGUCGAUAUGUCUUGGGAGCGCAGCAAUGAACUUGAUGGUGUCGACGGCGUCCGUGCCCCUUCACUCCCUAUUGCUGGAAUGAAACGUCGCCACGACUCUCCUGCUGUCGGAGAUCUCCGAGACAUGCCUGAGACCGAUGAGCAUGGAACUGAUUUGCACCAAGAAAUUAAGAGACUCCGCCGUGAAGUCCAAGAAAAGGAUCGCCGCCUCGAAGAGCUGGAGCGAAUCGUCGCCAACAUUCAGCAAGCUAUCCCCCAGCAGUCUGCUGCCGUACCCGACCUCCAGGACCUUUCGCAGCCUACUCAGCCGGCUGCGGCUCCUGUUUAA